AAUAUACUGUUUGUGAGAGGCGUGGGGUUUUAGUGGGGCCAUCAGUGGUGCUUGUGCUUCUUAUGAAAUCUUGAUCUAUCUGAUGCACAGUUCAAAGGUCUUCUCGAGUAGAUCUUUUCAGGUUUCACUACGUGCGUUUGCUGACCAGCGAAACGUGCGCGCGAACAUUUUUAACGAUCAUUUUCGACACCAGUUAACUUUAAGUUCUUUUGAGUAUUAUUUUGCGCUCUUUGAGACUGUUUGCACAAAUGUUAUCUAACAGAAGCGUGAGAGUUUUAAAAUUGGGAAGAUGUCAAGUUUACACGGCAGUGUACCCCAAGGCUUCAUCCUGGGUGCUGAACAUUUCUCAGCUGCCUCCCUUUUCCUCCCCCCACAGGACUCUUUCUCAUUUCCCUGCGGCCCGAAGUGAACUUCUAGACCAGAAAAUGUCUGAAAACGGAGUGUUACCGCGUCGGGGGAAAGUGCUCACCGUUGACACCAUGAACGCCAACGUGAAGAAGGUUGAAUACGCGGUCCGCGGACCUAUCGUCCAGCGCGCGGUGCAGAUCGAGAAAGAGCUGAAAGAGGGGGUUAAGAAGCCUUUUGAAGAGGUCAUUAAGGCGAAUAUCGGAGAUGCUCAUGCCAUGGGCCAACAACCAAUCACCUUCUUUCGACAGGUGAUGGCGUUGUGUACUUAUCCACAACUACUUGAGGAUAACAAGUUUCCAGAAGAUGCCAAAAACCGUGCAAGACGUAUUUUGCAGGCAUGCGGAGGGAACAGCAUAGGUGCAUACACAACGAGUCAAGGCAUUGACUGUGUAAGACACGACAUUGCAAACUACAUCAAUCGUCGGGAUGGCGGUGUUCCCUCUGACCCUGAUAAUAUCUACCUCACGACAGGGGCCAGUGACGGCAUUGUGACCGUACUGAAGUUGUUGACAGCUGGGGAGGGUCGUACCCGGACAGGGGUGAUGAUAUCCAUACCUCAGUACCCUCUUUACUCUGCCGCUAUAGCAGAGCUGGGUGCUGUUCAGGUCAGUUACUACUUGAAUGAGGAGAAGUGCUGGAGUCUAGACAUUAGUGAGCUGCAACGCUCUCUACAGGAAGCCCGAAAGCAUUGCAACCCCCGUGUACUAUGUAUAAUCAACCCUGGCAACCCCACCGGUCAGGUACAAAGCAGACAGUGUAUUGAAGAUGUAAUCCGAUUUGCAGCCAAAGAAAACCUCUUCCUAAUGGCUGAUGAGGUGUAUCAGGACAAUGUGUAUGCAGAAGGCUGUAAGUUUCACUCUUUUAAGAAAGUGUUGUUUGAGAUGGGCCCAGAGUAUUCAAACACAGUAGAGCUGGCAUCAUUCCACUCAACCUCCAAGUGCUACAUGGGAGAGUGUGGUUUCCGAGGCGGGUACAUGGAGGUCAUUAACAUGGACCCAGAGGUGAAGGCUCAGCUCACCAAGCUGGUGUCGGUACGUUUGUGCCCGCCUACACCUGGACAAGCCCUCAUGGACUUGGUGGUCAACCCCCCUCAGCCUGGAGAGCCCUCCCACAACACUUUCAUCAAGGAGCGGACAGCCGUACUGAGUGCUUUAGCUGAAAAAGCCAAACUAACAGAGGAGAUUCUGAAUACAGUGCCAGGGAUCAGCUGUAACCCUGUACAGGGAGCCAUGUACUCAUUCCCACGGAUCACUUUACCUGAACGUGCCAUCAAUUUAGCCAAGACGAAGGGUCAGGCGCCAGACAUGUUCUACUGCAUGAAACUUUUGGAGGAAACAGGGAUCUGUCUUGUUCCUGGCAGCGGUUUCGGUCAAAGAGAUGGCACUUAUCAUUUCAGGAUGACCAUCCUUCCUUCAACUGACAAACUGAAGAUUAUGCUUAACAAACUGAAGGAAUUCCAUCAGAACUUCACCCAGCAGUUUUCCUAACCCACUUCAGAGCCCUCCAGCCACAGCUGACCAACUAAUGUGCUAUAAUAUGCUAUUUACUUUGUACCUUCUUAAUAUUUGGCCAAAAUUAGUGCCAAAUAGUCACAUGGGCAUUAAUGGACACUAAUCUGCAACCCUGCCACAGAAUAAUUGAUAUCUUUUAGCUAAAGAUGAAUGAAGAAUCCCUAGAACUAUCAUUAUGGACUUGAUAGGGCUGACUAAAUUCAAGCAGUAGAAAUAACAACACUGAUUCUUAUUUCACAAUAUUUUAACUGUCAAUCAGAUGAACGCAUAUUUUUGUAAACAGUCCUGAACACUUUAGAUAUUUUCUUGAUGUGAUGUCUAUAUGUGUUUGUGUAUGUGUGUGAAUAGUGUGGUGUGUGACAGUGCAGUGAAGGUGAUAGAAUGGGCAUUCGACCAGACAUGAUUUUGCACUGUUUUUCCAUUCAGUGCUUUGUGUGUAUUGUUGUAAUUAUAAAUGCAUUCAUGAAUAAAUGUAAGCACAAACAUU